UGUUUGCUUCUUGUUGGGGGUCAGUGCGUAAGGCACGAGAGGGACCUAGAUUAAAGCAACGCUCGAGCACCCCACCGGAAGCCUAGGAACAGGCCUGGGCUGCAGCCUCAAAAUUUAGGAUGUCCAGACAUGAAGGUGUCAGCUGUGAUGCAUGUUUAAAAGGAAAUUUUCGAGGUCGCAGAUACAAGUGUUUAAUUUGCUAUGAUUAUGAUUUGUGUGCAACUUGUUAUGAAAGUGGUGCAACAACAACAAGACAUACAACUGACCAUCCAAUGCAGUGCAUACUAACAAGAGUAGAUUUUGAUUUGUAUUAUGGUGGAGAGGCCUUCUCUGUAGAGCAGCCACAGUCCUUUACUUGUCCUUAUUGUGGAAAGAUGGGUUAUAUGGAAACAUCUCUUCAAGAACAUGUUGCUUCUGAACAUGCAGAAACGUCAACAGAGGUGAUCUGUCCAAUAUGUGCAGCAUUACCUGGAGGGGAUCCUAAUCAUGUCACAGAUGACUUUGCAGCUCAUCUUACACUGGAACACAGAGCUCCUAGAGAUUUAGAUGAAUCUAGUGGUGUUCGGCAUGUACGUAGGAUGUUUCACCCAGGCCGUGGUUUGGGAGGCCCGCGUGCACGUAGAUCAAACAUGCAUUUUACUAGCAGUUCCACUGGUGGGCUUUCAUCUUCUCAGAGUUCUUAUUCUCCAAGCAACAGAGAAACCAUGGAUCCUAUAGCUGAGCUUUUAUCUCAGUUAUCAGGCGUGAGACGUUCUGCAGGACAGCUCAAUUCUUCUGGCCCUUCUGCUUCUCAGUUACAGCAGCUGCAGAUGCAACUGCAGUUGGAGCGACAGCAUGCACAGGCAGCAAGACAACAACUGGAGACUGCACGCAAUACAACUAGACGCACUAACACAAGCAGCAUUCCUACCACUCUCACACAAUCUAUAGCAGCAACCAAUACAUCUAACACAGAAAACAAUCAGCAGACUAUACAGAACUCCCAGUUUCUUCUUAUGAGGUUGAGUGAUCCUAAGAUGUCAGAAGCAGAGCGUCAGUCAAAGGAAAGUGAACGGGCAGAUCGCAGCUUGUUUGUUCAAGAGCUUCUACUGUCCACUUUGAUGCGGGAAGAAAGCUCCUCCUCAGAUGAGGAUGAACGAGGAGAGAUUGCUGAUUUUGGUGCUAUGGGCUGUGUAGAUAUUAUGCCUCUAGAUGUUGCUUUAGAAAACCUAAAUUUGAAAGAGAAUAAUAAAGGAAAUGAGCCUCCUCUUUGAUGGCAUACCACUUUGCAGACAAUGUCCUCUGUGCUCUAUUUGCCAAUGAAAGUGGACAACUACUAUCUUGGGUUUGUUUUGGUGAUUGUAACUUCAGGUCUGUCACUCUUGUUACAUUGUGUACAUUCAAAAGAAGAGAGCAAAGAUAUAUACAAUAAUCAUUUCCACUUAACCAAUUUUUACUUUUAGCAGGUAAAUAUAGGUCACAGUGCAGAGAAAAAAGCUCUGUGUCCUGUAGCUUGAUGUGCAAAAAGCUCUCCUAAUAUUCCACAUUCAAUCUGAAAAUUAAAAAAAAUGAAAAAUCUCUAAUGAAGCUGCUGUGUGUAUUUAUGACUAUUAAUGAAUAAAAGUUGCUUGGAUGGUUUACCUUAACUACUGCAUGAUUUUUCUUUUUUUUUUCAGCAUGCAUGAGUUUUCACGACCUUGUCAUUUUAAAAAAGUAAGUAUAAGGAGUAAAACUAUAAAAUCCCAAAGCUUUCCCAUUAUUCAAAGGUAAUGUAACAAAAAAGACAGAUUAAUGCUCACUAGCAGUUUGUGGCCAUGAAGUAGCCUUUGAGCAACACAUGAGCAAUGACCUAUUUAUGUGCUCUCCCUGAGUAUUAAUGCAAACUCUGCAGUGGGCUAUAUUUUUGCUUCCAGAGUGUAACCUUUUGCUAUAUUGUGGCCAUUGAGUUGCCCUGUUAGACAUCAUAUACAUUUGGAAUUGAAUUUUGUAUUAAUCUGUAGAAGACAAAACAUGAAGGCCACUACUAGAAUCUACCACAAAGGGCUUCUGUGUGCCCUAAAACCAAAUUUUGUUCACAUUUCUUUAACAUUUUCCUUUUUGUGUUAAAUAAACUUUAUUUAUGUGCAAAUGAUUCCUAUAUUCACUGUUGGGAGUGAGGACAGGGUAACACAGAUUCUAUUGUCUUAAUUCUAAGCCUUCCACAAUCCUUAUAAUUUUGAGUUAUUUAUAUAUUUGCUUCAUAGUUUGCAGAGACUCCUUAGUAUCAGGAGUGCUUGAAGAUUUGACUUCCCAGAUAUCUACAUAUGUUACAACUGAAUUCUUAAUGCUAACUUCCUAUCAACCUUUAUUUAUUGGUGACUUAGUUUAUAUUUUUGACAUUAAAAAUAAAGCCUUUUUAAUUGAGUCAUGUUACCUAUUUGCCUAGACUGUAAAUCCUAUAAUGUUUUUUUUCAUAUGAAUUAUUAUAAUAGCCCCAAAGCAUGGGACAGCAUGGCUUUAGUUAUUUGGAAUGUAAAGUUAGCUUAUAAAGAUAAAAAAGCAAACAACUUCUAAAAAUUAGACUUGAAAACCUGAUGAUGUUCCUAAGAGAACUGUGAUAUAUAUGUUAAUCUAAGAUAACGACAACAAAAGAAGCUACCCCAUAGGUUGACAUUUGGGUUCCAUUCCAUUUUCUCAGUUCUCAGAUUCUGAUUGUGCCCAAUUAGGACUGUAUUAGUGUUGUUUUUCUUUUAGUCUCUGCAACAAAAAAUGUUUUAAGGGAACUUUUUGCAUUUCUGGUUAUUUCAGGAGUUACCCUCAAUGACAAUUCACUUUUAAUUGAUUCUUGAGAAUGUUAAAAAAAAAAAUUAAAUCAAACUGUGGUCAUUCUGGACACAUUUUCUGCAUAUUACAAAAAGAUUCCGUUCAAUAAAGCAUUUUAAGGGCUAUUGUUCCAUUGAUUCUUUGUUGAUG